UGUUACCGCUUUGGGUUUUUUCUGGCAGUGUAUUUGGAGUGGUCGGACGUCACGGCCAAUGUGUGCUACCUGGGACAAUUGCCGGAUCCAUCUCAUCCGGGUAAACUCCGUUGGGUGAUGCCGACUAACAAGCGCAGAGACCAGUGCUCGUGUACAAGCCUUCUGCCUGCUGGUAUAUUGAAAGCACCGAGUGGACCUCAUCGUCCGUACUACGUCGACCGGCCACUGUUCACGAACGAUAAGGAAAAGAUCUCGGACUUGUUCGACUGUGGAGAGGAGUUUUCUAUCAUCGGUAAGCCCGCCGAACAAAGUUCAACAUACCGUGCCAGGACUGCAGCAAAGGCUGUUGACGGUAAUGUCGACACACAGACUAACGGGAACUGUGCGCAUACCGGCGGCCCAGACGCUAAAGCAGAAUACCAGCCCUGGUGGAGAGUUGAUCUUGAAGGGGAGCACUGCAUCACUCAAGUCAGUAUCCUCAACCGUGGCCACUGCUGCAGUGAGCGUACUACUCAUGCGGUAGUCCGGGCCGGUCCGAGUACCAACGUCACCAACAACCCUACGUGUGGAUCACCGGUGACAGCCGAGCAAGCAGCGCCACCGGGCGGCCUGAUCGAGAUGGCAUGUGAGCCACCGUUGAGGGCGCGCUACGUGAGCGUUGACAUACCAGUUGUUACUAUCUUGAACUUUUGUGAGGUGACAGUCAAGGAACUUCCCCUGUCUAAAUGCCCAUGAAUUAAUCGUGUAAACUGGAGAAAACCAUGCAAAGCAUUGAUGGUGUGUUAAAAUUUUACUUUUCAACGUGGAAAAUAAAUAAUUUGCAAUAUUUUAAACUGACAACGAUAUUCCGACAUGAGGGUAAAAGCCAUUUUCCAUUCAUUAAAUAUAUCAAAAAACUCAACCAUUAUUUUGUACACCUGAUCAAUUAAUCAGUGCAGAACUAUCUUGACGUUUCAUACUACCAAGUAUCUUUUUUUGGCGAUGAAAGGGAACUAAGUCCCCUUUUUAAAUGCAUUUUGGAAUAAGAAUUCUGGUGUAGCCUGAUAAUAAUGAGGCUCUUCGAGAGUUGCUCUAGAAACGAGCGAUUAAAAACAUAUAAAUACCCAAUGAGUUAGGACCUCAUAUGAAAACAAACUAACUCAGCAUUAAGGUUACCUGAUGCCACCACAAAUAUCUUGACAAUUCAAGAGCUUCAAGACUCAAGCCAACCUUUCCUAAACAUAACAGGUGAACUGAAAGGCAAUAACAAUCGACAAAAAAAACCCCCGAAUAGUUUCAAAGUAACGUCUAUUUAAGUACGAAGAUGUAAUAAUGUCAAAGACCUAUAGACAAUACUCAGACAGUGUAGGGCACACUGAGUGCUGAAAAACCUGCAAAACGAAAUCAGGCCAUCUUUACUCACUCUUUAUUUUAGCCAGUAAAAUUCUCCAAAAUUUUCAGUGGGUA